AUUCUCAUGAUGUCACAUUAAGAAAACUACUGAAGGGACUACGAAACGUGGACAAAAUUCAAUGCAGAGAAGAAUACAUUCUCGUGUUUUCGGUUUAACCUGUAAAGUUUGUGAUUCAUAAAGUAUAUAUUUGUUGGAUACUCGGAGUUUUGAAAGUGCUCGUGCGGACAAUUUGCACGUAAAUUGAUAUGGCAAUAUAACGUAGUGCGAUCAUCUGCGUAGGAAAACAUUGCAACUGCAACAAGUAUUAAUUGCGAUUUUAACAAGGUGUGCAUCUUUUGAAAUAGCACCAUGGAGUGGCUAUUCGGCAAGCGUAUCACUCCUGAGGAAAUGCUCAGGAAGAAUCAAAGGGCAUUGAACAAAGCGAUGCGGGUUGAAAGAGUGAGAAUGGAGCAACAAGAGAAGAAAAUUAUAGCGGAUAUAAAGAAACUUGCAAAAGAUGGACAAAUGGACGCUGUGAAAAUUAUGGCUAAAGAUCUGGUCAGGACAAGGCGUUACGUGAAGAAGUUUAUGUUGAUGAAAGCAAAUAUUCAAGCAGUGUCGUUAAAAAUACAAACCCUACGUUCUCAGAACACGAUGGCACAGGCCAUGAAAGGAGUGACCAAAGCAAUGCAAAAUAUGAACAAACAACUAAAUUUACCUCAAAUACAGAAAAUAUUACAAGAAUUUGAAAAGCAAUCAGAGAUAAUGGAUAUGAAGGAAGAAAUCAUGAACGAUGCAAUAGAUGAUGCGAUGGAAGAUGAGGGAGAUGAAGAAGAAAGUGAUGCUGUAGUCGCGCAGGUGUUGGAUGAGUUGGGUUUACAGUUGACGGGUCAACUCUCUGGACUACCACAAGCAUCUGGAUCGCUCAGUGUAGUCGGUUCUAAGCAACCGGUCGCCGCUGCAGCGGGUAACGAGGAAGGAGGAGGCAAUCUUCCGGACGCUGACGCAGAUUUACAAGCUAGACUGGAGAAUCUGCGACGCGAAUAAAUUAAGAUUUUAAAUAUUAUUAGUUAAUGUAUAAAAAGUGUAAAAAGAAUUGGCUUUAUAGCGAUGAGAAUAGUUUCGAAGCGGUUCGUUCCUGCCUUCAAAUACAUAUACACUUAAAUGUAUAUGAAUUUUUAAAAAGAAUUGUUUGCAUACAAUUUUAUUGAACGAUUAGUCUUCGUAUUUUCUACGCAUGUUGAAUUUUAUAACUGCUUCUAUACUUAACAUUCUCUGUAAAUGCCUAAGUUCGUAAUAUAUAGAUAUAUAUAUAUAUAUAUAUA